AUGGCACUUUCUUGGAAGGCUGCUGCUGUUGGCGAGCGCCUUGUGAAUCUGCAGUGGCCGUCGAGCACUCCACUAGCCAACAGCUGUAACACCGCCAACACCAAAGAAGACAUGUACACUUUCGAUGUCAACGGAAAGUCGUGGGCAGACAUCACCGGCUCAGACUCCAACAAGCCACAACAAAGGCUCGGUGCAGGCAUGGCCUAUGAUGGAAGUGAUACCAUCUACCUCCAUGGUGGGCUUCAACUCUGGGGAGCAAGUCACGACUUGUAUAGUUAUACGAUCUCCACGUCCACGUGGACCAACAUGACCGACAGUGUGAGCGGAGGUGGACCACAGCAGAAGGUGUGGCACAGCUUCGUCUACGCGAAUGGGAACAUCUAUUCCUUUGCCGGGGCAUCGCCGUACGGCACCGGCACCAGCAACUCGUGGCCAAGUCAAGACCUUUGGCAGUUCAACAUUGGGAGCUCUACCUGGAGCCAGAUAUCAGGGACCAUGCCCGGCUAUCGCCUUCAACAAGGCAUGGUCCACGCCAACUCCCAAGGAAAUGACUACCUCGUCCUUUUCGGGGGCUUCGGCUUCGUAGACUACCCCAACAGCUGGACCACGGGGUACUUUUCGGACCUCUGGAUCUUUGACAUCACAGCAGGCGUGGGAGGCUAG